CAAGGUCCACAGGUUGGGUUAGCUCUGUCGUCCUCAGCCCCGCACUGCACUGCUGAGAUUUGUGCUCUGCGGCAGAAUCCCAUCAGCCAGGCGGAGGAUUCUGCUGGUGCUCCACAGCAGCCCCACACCUCCUGCAGGUCUCACAACGAAGGAGAUUUAUUCCCUCAAAAGCAUACAGCCAAGGGCACGAGCCGUCAGGGUGGUAAGCUGCAUCUGCUUCUUGGCCCAGACUGAAGGAAAUACAUCUUAAGCUGGAAAUCCUGCAGCUCGUGAGAAGCCGCGCUGAUCCAGACCGGGCACGAACAGAUGCUGUAGGUUUCUCAAGACGCAUGGGAAGAUGUACUGGCAAGACUAGAAAAUGACAGGUGCUUGACAAUCAGCCGAGAAGAUCCUCAGGAACCAAGACGCUCAUGCUGUCCAUGUUCUGAAACCUUGAGGAUGGAGACACAGGAGGUCCUAAUAGAAUUCAUGUCUGGCUGGAGAGCUCUGUAGUGGACGCAGUUGUAAGGAUUUUCUUCUAAUAGGGCAAGGUGGUCCACAGAGAAAAAAAAUAAAAGGUGUCUAGAAGGUGGAGAAGAUGCCAUCCAUCCUGGUGGCUUCCAAGAUGAAAUCGGGACUGCCCAAACCCGUCCACAGCGCUGCACCAAUCCUUCACGUUCCCGCAAGGACAAUCCCUCAGCCUUGCUACCUGAAACUAGGGAACAAGAUAGAACUGUCCAAGCCAUCCUACCCGACGAGUCAGAUCCCUCUGAAGCCGCAAUGUGGUUACGAGUCUACGGCGGAAGCUGUUCCCAUCAAGAAGUCGGACUCCUCCGAAAAUGUAUUCGACACACAGAUUUACACGGACUGGGCGAACCACUACCUGGCCAAAUCCGGGCACAAGCGCCUGAUUAAAGACCUGCAGCAAGAUGUGACGGACGGGGUGCUGCUGGCGGACGUCAUCCAGGUUGUGGCGAAUGAAAAGAUUGAAGACAUCAAUGGCUGCCCCAAGAACAGGUCCCAAAUGAUUGAGAACAUCGAUGCCUGCCUGAGCUUCCUGGCAGCCAAAGGAAUCAACAUACAAGGCCUGUCGGCGGAGGAGAUCAGGAAUGGUAAUCUGAAGGCUAUCCUCGGCCUCUUCUUCAGCCUGUCACGUUUCAAGCAGCAACAACAGCAGCAGCAGCAAAUUCAGAAACAGAAUUAUCACCAGCCGGCUCAAGCGCCCCAACAUUCAGGAACGCCAAUCCAGUGCCAGCAGUCAUAUCAUCCUUCCAGCACCCCCCAUGCCCAGCCCCAAUCACCCGCUCCAGUCCAGUGCCAACAACCGCAGCAACCUCCCCAGUCACAGAGCAAAGCACAAGGAGAGAUGCACUCCAGCUCAUCCUCCAAAGAGCCGCGGGAGGUCAGGUUUCUGCGCUUCUCCAUUGGGCAGAGGAAAUGCUCCUCCCGGCUCCCAGGUCCCAGCACCAGGACGUCGGCUGCAGGCAGCGAGGCCAAGACCCGGGGGCCGGCCGGUGGGAACAGGCGCAGUCAGAGUUUCAAUAACUACGACAAAGCCAAACCAGUGAAUCCUCCAGCAGCUGUGACUGAGAAAGAGUUGGCCGAGGGCGCUGUGCAGACGGUGAUGAAUGAGAAUGUCCUCUCCUCAAGUAAUAACCCCUCAGCCAUACCCCAGCCUAACUCCACCAAUAAACCGUGGAGGAGCAAGUCCCUCAGCGCUAAGCACACCACCACGUCUUCCAUACUGUCUGUGAAGCAGCCCGUGCCGGAUAGUCCUAAACAACCUCAAGAACCUCUGAAGCCUUCCCCCAACAACCAGAAGUCAAUGCUGGAAAAACUGAAGUUAUUCAAUAGUAAAGGGGGCUCCAAGUCUCCGGGGUCAGCACUGGAGGAGUGUCAGGACCCCAGCUGUGAACGACUUGACCAGCUCCCCAGCUGCGAAGAAGCUGAAGAAAUGGAGCACAGCAUCAAGAACGCCAACAGCAUAAGCCCGUCUUCUCACAGCCCUAAGAUCGCGCUGAAGGGCAUCGCUCAAAGGACGCUUGGCCGGGCACUGACGACAAAGAAGAGCUCCCCGAAGGGCAGCGAGAAGGACAAGCAGAAGGAGAAGAACAAGGACCUGGCCAAAAGAGCAUCGGUUGGCGAAAAGCUCGAAGCGAAGGAAGAGUUCAGGGAAGAAGCGCUGCCCACUGCCGCCGACGUGCCAAAAAAGUCCUCCAAGAUCGCCAGCUUCAUCCCCAAAGGGGGCAAGAAGGAGGCCUCUGCCCCUGCCCACAGCGGAAUACCAAAACCAGGAAUGAAACCCACCCCAGGGAAAUCCUCAAGUGCCCCAGGGUCUGCCAAGGAAGGCGACAGAAGCCGCAGCGGAAAGACCGGCUCAGGGCUUUCUCUUCAGAAGACCCAGCUGGACAACAGGAAUUCCAGCUCCACAUCCAGUUUGGCCUCCUCGGAAGGGAAGGGGGCAUCCACAACGGGCAGCAGCCAGCCCAUCACCGGGACUACGGGAAGUAAUACAGUCAGCGUUCAGCUACCUCAUCCCCAGCAGCAGUAUAAUCACCCCAACACGGCCACGGUGGCACCCUUCAUGUACAGGUCUCAGACAGACAACGAGGGGAAUGUUUCGGUAGAGAGCGGCACAGGAGGGAUUCACAUCGAGCCCGCGCUCUAUAAUAAAACGUCCUGUCUGGAGGAUCUGCCAGGUGAAGAUCCAGAAACCCGGAGACUGAGAACGGUGAAGAACAUUGCGGAUCUACGGCAGAACUUGGAGGAAACUAUGUCCAGCCUGAGGGGGACACAGAUCAGCCACAGCACAUUGGAAACCACAUUUGACAGUAACAUCACUACGGAGGUCAGCGGGCGCAGCAUCCUCGGCCUGGCGUCCCGGCCCACGCCGUUAACAUGGAGGCUGGGACAGUCGAGCCCUCGUCUGCAGGCAGGAGACGCACCGUCUUUGGGUAACGGGUACCCUCCACGAGCCAGCGCCAGCCGCUUUAUCAACUGUGAACCCGGGCGUUACGUGUACCCUGCACCUCUCAGGAGGCAGCUGGCUACCAGAGGCAACAUGGGUCACAACGACGACAAGGGGGACGACAUGGAGCUGGAGAGUGUUAGCGUCGAUGCCACCGGAUACAUGAGCGACGGCGAUGUCCUGAGCAAGAACAUCCGAAGCGAUGAGAUCACCAGCGGGUAUAUGACAGAUGGGGGACUUGGCCUUUACACACGGAGACUGAAUCGUCUGCCUGACGGGAUGGCGGCUGUUCGGGAAACACUUCAGCGUAACACGUCUAUGGGACAAGGAGAUGCUGACAGUUGGGAUGACAGUAGCUCGGUGAGCAGUGGGAUCAGCGAUACCAUCGACAACCUGAGCACGGAUGACAUUAACACCAGUUCCUCUAUCAGCUCGUACGCCAACACGCCAGCGUCCUCACGGAAAAACCUGGAUGUACAGACUGAUACAGAAAAACACUUACAGGUCGACCGCAACUCCCUCUGGUCCGGCGAUGACUUGAAGAGAUUGGAUGGCGGCUCAGACAACGGAGUGAAGAUGGAGUCUGGGAGUAAAUGGAGGAAGAACCCCUCUGACCUGUCCGACGAGUCCGAUAAGAGCACCUCUGGAAGGAAGAACACGGUCAUAUCCCAGGCGGGGUCCUGGAGGCGAGGGAUGACUGCUCAAGUGGGGAUCACAAGCCCCCGCACUAAGUCCACCACGGGGGCUCUGAAGACACCAGGGACAGGAAAAACAGAUGAUGCAAAAGUAUCUGAGAAAGGAAGAGUUUCUCCGAAGUCGGCCCAGGUGAAACGUUCCCCGUCAGACGCAGGGCGCAGCAGCGGUGAUGAGACCAAGAAACCCAUGAGCAAUUCCUCAAGGACAAUCACUGCCAAUACCAAUACCUUUGGGUUCAAGAAACCAGGGAGCACGGUGGUUGGCAUGCCGAUCAUCACGACCAGCGGGGCAACCAUCACCAGCGGUUCCGCCACUCUAGGAAAAAUGCCAAAGUCUUCCGGACUCAUCGGCAGGUCCUCCAACCGUAAGACCAGCAUUGAUGGAUCGCACAAUGAUGACGGAUACUUACAGCUGAAUGCCAGGACUAAUCUCCAGUACCGCAGCUUACCGCGUCCCAGCAAGUCACGCAGUGGAACCGGUAAUCGCUCCAGCACCAGUAGCAUUGACUCCAAUAUAAGUAGCAAGUCAGCAGGUCUCCCGGUCCCCAAAAUGAGAGAGACCAGCAAGAUGUCCCUUAAUAACUCCCUGUCCGGAGUGAUGAACCAAACCGACCGUGAGAAAGGAAUCUCCUCUGACAAUGAGAGCGUGGCCUCCGGUAACUCCAUCAAACUGAACCCAGCGUCACAAGGUGCCCCCAGUGCUACCCGCCAACAGGGAAGCAAGUACCCCGACGUGUCCUCGCCAACACUGCGCAGGCUUUUUGGCGGAAAACCGAAUAAACAAGGACAGGUGACGACCUCGGAAGGCAUGAAGAACUCGGUGAUUAUAUCCAACCCCCACGCCACCAUGAACUCCCAUCAUGCCCACCCAGACUCCCCCUCCGGGAGCGCCAUGCUCAGCAGCGGAGGUAGUAGCCCCCUGUACGGUAAAAAUAUGGAUCUGAACCCAUCGCCGCUGGCCUCCAGCCCUGGCUCCGCCCACUCGGCACCAUCCAAUAGUCUAACCUGGGGAACGAACGCCAGCAGCUCCUCCGCGGUCAGCAAGGACGGUUUGGGUUUCCAGUCAGUCAGCAGCCUGCACACCAGCUGCGAGUCCAUCGACAUAUCCCUCAGCAGUAACCACUCACCGAGUGCCCCGACCGCCUCUCCACGGGACGACGCCAUGUCCUGCUUCAUCAGGACCAACAGCGUGAAGACCGCCAUGUCUGAGAGCCCUCUCUCCUCCCCCGGUGCUAGUCCUAAAUUCAGCAGAAAUACCCUCCCCAGGAAGCAGGACAGCGAUCCUCAUCUUGAUAGAAACACUUUGCCUAAGAAAGGAUUCAGGUACGCUCCAUCAUGUCAGCUCCGAAACCAAGAUGAGACCAAGGAAUGGCUGCGCUCGCAUUCAUCUGGCGGACUCCAGGACACAGCCGGUAGCUCCCCUUUCUCACCCAGUUCCAGCAUUACCUCGCCUUCCUGCACCAGAUUUAACUUCUCCCAGCUCGCGAGUCCUACAACUGCAGCUCACUUGAGUUUGUCUAACGCAACCAUGCUGAGGACGCACAGCCUUUCCAACACAGAUGGCGACCACUACACCGAACCUCGAUUCAGAAACAGUUCAAUGUCUCUGGAUGAGAAGACAAGAGCCAUGAGCCGUUCCGGAUCCUUUCGUGAUGGUUUUGAAGAAGUUCACGGAUCUUCGCUGUCUCUGGUGUCCAGCACGUCCUCUGUCUACUCCACUCCAGAAGAAAAGUGCCAGUCAGAGAUCCGCAAGUUAAGGAGAGAAUUGGACGCAUCCCAGGAAAAGGUGUCCGCCCUGACAACCCAGCUCAGUGCCAACGCUCAUCUUGUUGCUGCCUUUGAACAAAGUUUGAGCAACAUGACGAUCCGGCUGCAGAGUCUCACCAUGACGGCAGAGCAAAAGGAUUCAGAGUUGAAUGAGUUAAGGAAAACCAUAGAGCAGCUGAAGAAGCAGAACGCGGCCGCGCAGGCGGCCAUUAACGGUGUCAUCAACACCCCGGAGCUCAGCUGCAAAGGAAGUGGGACGACCCAGUCAGCUGACCUGCGGAUCCGGCGGCAGCACUCGUCUGAUAGCGUCUCCAGCAUUAACAGUGCCACAAGCCAUUCCAGUGUGGGCAGCAACGUGGAAAGCGAUUCCAAGAAGAAGAAGAAUCGGAAGAACUGGGUGAAUGAGCUGAGGAGCUCCUUCAAACAAGCAUUCGGCAAGAAGAAGUCUCCCAAGUCCGCGUCCUCCCAUUCUGACAUUGAGGAAAUGACCGAUUGCUCGCUACCGUCUUCCCCCAAGCUGCCACAUAACACUAUUCUGUCUACCCCGCUCAUGAGAAGCUCCCAGUCCAGCUCUAUACUCUCCGAUUGUUCGAUAAAUGAGGCCGACAGCGUCCUGCAGCUGCGCAACGAACUCCGCGACAAGGAGAUGAAGCUGACCGAUAUCCGACUGGAGGCCUUGAGCUCGGCGCAUCAGCUGGAUACCCUGCGUGAGGCCAUGAACAGAAUGCAGACGGAAAUCGAGAAGCUGAAAACCGAGAACGAUCGCCUGAAGGCAGAAAAUACGGGGAAGUGCAGCAGGACGCCAUCUCAGAUCUCCAUCUCCUCCUCCCCAAGACAUUCCGUAGGAUUCCCACAGCCCGGAAUAACCAUGACUGAAUCCUCCAGCCUCGACAUGAUGUUGGACGAUUCUGCGGAUGGCACGUUGCGCAAGGAAAGUCGCCAUGUGAAGAUUAUUGUCAGCUUCAUGGAGGAGAUGAAGUGGAGAGAGGAAUGCCGGCCUCGAGUCUUCCUUGUCGGUUGCAUUGGCGUGGGCGGCAAAACAAAGUGGGACGUUCUGGAUGGCGUGGUCCGACGGCUGUUCAAGGAAUAUUUAGUGCACGUGGAUCCAGUAACACAACUGGGACUGAACACUGACAGCGUCGUUGCCUACAGCAUCGGGGAGAUCAAGCGGACAAACACAGCCGGGACCCCUGAGCUGCUCCCCUGCGGGUACCUCGUGGGCGAGAAUAACACCAUUUCUGUCUCUUUGAAAGGUCUCCCGGAGAACAGCGUGGACAGCCUGGUAUUUGAGACCUUGAUCCCUCGACCGAUAUUACAGCGAUACAUCUCACUGUUGAUAGAGCAUAGAAGGAUUAUCUUGUCUGGUCCAAGUGGGACAGGAAAAACCUACCUGGCCAACCGCCUGUCCGAGUACAUGGUGCUGCGCGAGGGGCGGGAGCUGACGGAUGGGAUUAUUGCCACUUUUAACGUGGAUCACAAGUCCAGUAAGGAGCUGCGCCAGUAUCUCUCCAAUCUUGCCGAUCAGUGCAACAGCGAGAACAAUGCGGUGGACCUGCCCCUCGUCAUCAUCCUGGACAACCUGCACCACCUCAGCUCCCUGGGCGAGAUCUUUAAUGGGCUCCUAAACUGCAAGUACCACAAAUGCCCGUACAUUAUCGGCACCAUGAACCAGGCAACGUCCUCCACCCCCAAUCUACAGCUUCACCACAACUUCCGGUGGGUGCUAUGCGCCAAUCACACGGAGCCCGUCAAAGGUUUCCUCGGGCGAUAUCUCCGGAGGAAGUUAAUAGAAACCGAAAUGAGCAACCGAACAAGGAACGUGGAGCUGGGGAAGAUCAUAGACUGGAUCCCCAAGGUCUGGCAACACCUGAACCGCUUCCUGGAGACUCACAGCUCCUCAGAUGUCACCAUCGGACCUCGUCUGUUCCUGUCCUGCCCCAUGGACGUGGACGGCUCAAGGGUCUGGUUUACUGACCUCUGGAACUACUCAAUCAUCCCCUAUCUACUGGAGGCUGUCAGAGAAGGCCUGCAGCUGUAUGGCAGAAGAGCACCCUGGGAAGAUCCUGCCAAGUGGGUUAUGGAUACCUACCCGUGGACCACUGUUCACUUACAGCAUGAUUGGCCACCUCUGCUCCAGCUGCGGCCAGAAGAUGUUGGAUUUGACGGGUAUUCUGUUCCCAGGGAGGGGACGUCAAGCAAGCAAGCGCCAUCCGGGGAUGGGGACGGAGAUCCUCUGAUGAACAUGUUGAUGAGGCUCCAGGAAGCCGCCAACUUUUCCAGCCCCCAGAGCUACGACAGCGACUCCAACAGCAACAGCCACCAGGACGACAUUCUGGACUCCUCGCUGGAGUCUGCGCUGUGACCGUCGCCCACUGUCAGGUGGCUAGGACAACCAAGACACUUUAGGCUUUUCAAACGGGCGAGGGUGCAGGUUGCUGAACCCUGUUUGACAUGACCAGGUGUUACAUGUACCAGGACGAAACGCCUGAAACACUGAAGAUAAACGGACAGGUCUGGGGCUGCUCCCUGGGUGGGGGAUGGUACACUGCCUAUGCUGCUCUAACCAAACACACAGGGGUACUGGCCAUACCAGCUUCACUAGGUAACCUCAGUGCAGAUAGUCACCGACUAUGCUGCUUGCCUUGCUCUCGGUUUCUGUAACCGGUGCUGCUGGGGGGAAGGGGCAUCUGCCACAAAUACUGUACAGCUAUGCAGGAUGCUCGCCAUUCCCCCGCUAUAUACCGUGAGCAUGAAAGGGCUCGUCGGCCGCCACAUGGACGUUGUUUUAUAGGGAACGACCAUUGUCCAAAAACUGAACCGCCACCUCUGCUGUCCUAAGGCAGGUCAUCUAUUAUAUGAUGGGGCGACCACUAGACUGGGUGCAAAUAGCUGCCCCCCUUCCCCCCCACAAGAUGGAAAUAAAAUGCAACAGGCUGGUAUGAGGUGACCGCAGUGCAUUUUAGUCCCGUCAUCCAUACCCUUCCAUGGGGCGGCAGCAGUAGACGGGCUUGUCUCACACUGUCCUGUAUUGCACUGUGCAAGAUCCUAGCUACGUCCAUUGGGGAGACAGGGGCUGCAUACCCGUCCUUCCUCAGGUAAACAUCUGCUCCCACCUCGAUGUCUCCAGACCACCACCUCCCCCCAUUUUGGUGCUAACCCGUCAAUGCCUUAUAAUCAAGGUGGGUAACCUGCAACUCCCUAGAUGGGUCCUGUCUGCCACGGUCCGGGUGACACUGGGACUUGUAGCGCAGACGCAUCUGGUGUACUUCCCAGUUAGCCUAGAUGCGUGUUGCUGUGACACCACUGGGCUCAUACUGGCUCCAGGGACCUGCUCUGUUAUGAAUUUUAUUUGACACUGGGACGCCCCCUGUAAUAUCCCGGGAAACCCCCUCGGUUCUAAAUCGAUACAUUGGUGCAGUUCUCCUAUACCUCAUGCGUUCUGCUACAUGUUAGACCAGGUUAUGAUGAACCGACCGGAGCAGACGCGCGAUCUCACGUUGACGCUGUCUGGACGGACGGUAACGGUUUUACGGUGCCCAAAGCUGGUCAAGCAGAGAGUUUCCCCAGCACUGAAAUCCACAACUGUGAAUACGGCUGGACGCCUCAUAUCACAGAUGCAUAUAUCUAUAUUUAUAGCUUUCAGACUCUGUAUAUAAACCACGACUUGUUCUCCGCGAUGGGAUGUUCUAGAUGACACUGUAUUGUCCUCGGUUAACACCAGGAAGCAGGUCUCCCUGGAUGUAUAUUAAAUGGGAAGAUUUUCUUUUUAAUCUAAUACCACGUCACGUGUUCCACGUCUCUGCCAUUUUAGCGCCAGCAGAUACAGCACUGUAUAUAGACUGUUGUAGGAGCGCCGGGCUGGACGACACAAAGAAUCGCUCAAUGAUCCUCCGUUUUAUUACCUCCAAUAGCCUUUUCCAGAGUCAAUCAUCAGAUCUCCGCCGGAUUCUAUGCAACAUUCUUCUAAGGAGACGGAAUAAUAAAGAUUAAUAUACCCCCCUUAUUGUAAAUUGUACGUGACGCGGGUGGGACGCAUCAUGCAUCACGCUCGCUCAGAUGUUCUCAAGAUGUAAAUGUUCACAUUGUAACAAAGUGUAAAUAUCCAAGGAAUCUGCUGCAUUUUGAUGAGAUUUUUUUAGUCCUUUUAAAAAAAAAAAAAAUUUUUAAGUAAAAACAAAACGGAAAGAUUGGGGAGGGCGAGUAUUUUGCGGUGGCUUCCUUUCUGCCUGGGUUUAUUUUUCAGUUGUGAUGAAUUUUUCACACAUUGGGAUGAGAUCGUUAUUACUGUCGAUACAAACAAAACUGAUUGUAUGAGUCUUAAAUUAUUACUGAUUCAAUAAAUUGAUGGUUAUUUA